UUAAGGAAUAUCUGAUUGUUCUGCUCUUUUUGAAACUUAUCAUGCUUUUUCUAAUAAAGAAUAAAUAACUAAUUAAUUAAAAAAAUACGAAAUAUAAGACGACAAACUGAAUAAAUAAAACGAAGAAACUCAAAAUUCUAAAGAAUACUUUGACUUCACAGAAUAUAAUGAACUAGUUGAAAUAAUAAAAAAAUAUACAAAUCUUAAAAGUCGUAAAAAUACAAAAUACAACAGCUUCUAUGCAAUAAAGAAUAUAAUAUUUUUAACUAUUUAUUUCUAUGUUUUUUUUAUGGUAUGGUAUAUCUAUAGAGUACUUCAAUGACAAUAUUAUCUGGAAUAAUUUUAGUUGCACUUGGAUUUAAUAUAAUGCAUGAUGCCUCACAUUUCGGACUUUUCAAAGAUCCUAAGAAUAAUAUAAUAGCUAGCAAUAUAUGGAACACAUUUGCCUUAUGGAAUACUAAAAUAUGGUUUUAUCAUCAUGUGUAUGCUCAUCAUACUUUCACAGGUGAUGACAAGAAAGAUCCCGAUGCUUUACAUUAUCGACCUUUUGCUAGAAAAAAUAAAAAUGAUAAAUAUAUUAAUAAGUUUUUUGGAAAAUAUUAAGUCUAUUUUAUCACUUUUGUUGCUAGUGUUUUUCCUGGAAUGUUUUUGGGAUAAGUAAUUUCUUAUUUAAUUGGGGCAAAUAGAGGAAAAAUAUGGAGAGUUUAACUUCCAAAGGGAACUUAUUAUGGAAAAACAGAAAUUUUUUUCUUUUUUUUUAAGGCUUUUCUCUUAUAUUAAAGUGGAUUAUUAAAUAGUAUAUUAUAUAUUAUUUGCCUAAAUGUUGCUUAUCAUAUUAAUAUUGCACCUGAUCAUGACACUUAUGAAAGUAAUGUUGAAAAUAAAUUCUAAAAUUAAGUAAAAAACAAUAAUUGGCUCAGAAUGUAAAUUUAAAAUAGUGGAAAUUUUGCAAAUUCUAGCUUUUUAUGGACUAAUAUUUGUGGUGGAAUUAACUUUUAAAUAGAACAUCAUUUAUUCCCUAAUGUUUGUCAUGUGCAUCUUCCUGAAAUUGCUUUGAUAGUUAAAAAAUAUUGUGUAGAAAAAAAAAUUCCUUAUGUAUCGCAUGCUAAUUUUUGGGAUGCUUAUAAAUCUUUCUUAAAAAUGAUAGAUUAUAAUA